AUGGAAAGCAAAACUGUGGUUUUAGGUUUGCUCAUAAUGAGUCUGGUCAUGGCGCAAACUCAAAUAGAAGCAAGGAGCUGCUGUCCGACAACAAAUGCUAGAAAUGUUUAUAAUACAUGUCGUCUCGGGGGAAUUCCUCGGCCUACUUGUGCAUCACUCAGUGGAUGCAAAUUGAUUGACGGGAAUUGCCCUCCGGGCUUUCUAAAAGACAACUCUGGUGAUGUUGUCAAUGAAUACUGCAAGUUGGGGUGUGUAUCAUCUGUGUGUGGUGCCAUAACCACUCUCCAAAGCACUGACGAAAGUGAAAUUGUGAAUGGAGAAUGUACCAAAGCAUGUUCUACUUUGUGCACCAAAGGCUCUAUCACUACACGAGGAACCGCCUAA